CCGCCUGCAGAAGUCACAGGAGCAGUGUAAGGCCGCGUGGGAGCCCGCUGGGGACAGACCCCGCCUGCAGAAGUGACAGGGGCAGUGUAGGGCCGCGUGGGAGCCCGCUGGGGACAGACCCCGCCUGCAGAAGUCACAGGGGCAGUGUAGGGCCGCGUGGGAGCCCGCUGGGGACAGACCCCGCCUGCAGAAGUUCCUUUAACACAGACUCUCCUGCGCGCACCCCGGCGCGUGCUCCGCCCCUCGCCGGGCGAAGCCGUUGGCUGUUCCGCACUCGGAGCGUUACCCGCCUCCUCCCGUCCUCUCUCCCCAAACUCCCUCCCAGGCUGCAGCCGAGCCGGUGCCCGCCGCUGGCUGCUAUCCCCGCUGGCCUGGGGCUGGGCUCUGGGGCGCAGCCCCCCCUACCCCGCCAUGGCUAGCGCAGCCUGGCUGAAGCUGGUGGCUCGAGAGGUGCUGGCUGCGCUUGGGAAGCGCCCUGGGCUCUGGGGCGCUCAGCGGGUCAGUGCCCUGCACAUAGACACGGCCCCUGUCACACCAGUAUCAACCAACAGCUACAUCCAAGGGACCACAAACAUUCCACUGCUCACCAAAACCGUGUGUCAGUGCCUGGAGGAGACAGUCCAUCGGUUUCCAGACCGGGAGGCCCUGGUGUUCUGUCGAGAUGGAGUUCGGAAAACGUUUGCCCAAUUCAUACAAGAAGUGGACCAGGCAGCAGCUGGACUUCUGGCUAUUGGCUUGAAAAAGGGAGACCGGCUGGGCAUGUGGGGUCCCAACAAGUAUGAGUGGGUUCUAAUGCAAUUUGCGACAGCCCAGGCAGGAAUUAUCCUGGUGUCUGUGAACCCUGCAUAUCAGGCCCAGGAGCUGGAGUUUGUGAUCAAGAAGGUUGGCUGUAAGGCCCUGGUGUUCCCCACUCAGUUUAAAACCCAGAGAUACUAUGAGAUCCUGAAGCAAGCUUGUCCUGAGCUAGAGAAAUCCAGUCCAGGGGGAAUAAAGAGCAAGAGGCUGCCAGACCUAUCCAUUGUAAUCACCUUAGACUCCAAGCUACCUGGCACGUUCCAGAUGAGCGAGGUGAUGCAGGCUGGGGACAGCAGCCAUAUGAAGCAGUUACGAGAGGUCCAGCAGACUCUGUCCUGCAACGAGCCCAUCAACAUCCAGUUCACUUCUGGCACGACUGGAAGCCCCAAGGGAGCCACCCUCUCUCAUAGAAACAUUGUGAAUAAUGCAAACCUGAUUGGGCUGAGGCUGGGAGUCAAUCAGCAGGAAUGCCGGACUGCCCUCCCCGUCCCCCUCUACCACUGCCUGGGCUCUGUUGGAGGCUGUAUGGUGAUGGCUGUGCAUGGCGCCCCCGCUAUCUUCCCGUCCUUGAGCUUCGAGGGGAAAGCUGCGCUGGAGGCAGUGGCUCAAGAGAAAUGCUCCCUUUUACACGGCACUCCGACCAUGUUCAUAGACAUGCUCUCCCAGCCCGACUUCGACAGCUAUGACCUCUCAUCUCUCCGGGGAGGAGUCAUUGCAGGAUCCCCUGUGCCCCCUGAGAUCAUGAAAAAGAUUAUAACCAAGAUGAAUAUGCGGGAUAUUGUGGUUGCCUACGGGACCACAGAGAACAGCCCUGUCACCUUCAUGGGAUUCCCACAGGACAGCAUCUCUCAGAGAACUGAGACGGUGGGGUGCAUCUUCCCCCACACAGAGGCAAAGAUUGAGGAUCCUGAAACCGGGGAGAUUGCCGCUCUGGACAGCCCCGGGGAACUCCAGAUUCGAGGCUACUGCGUCAUGCUAGGCUACUGGGAAGACCCCCUCAAAACCAAUGAAGUGAUCACUGAUGACAGAUGGUACAAGACUGGGGACAUUGCUGUCCUGGACAAGUACGGCUACUGCAAAAUUGUAGGUCGUUGCAAGGACAUGAUUAUCCGUGGAGGGGAGAACAUUUACCCAGCAGAAAUCGAGCAGUUUCUACACACUCACCCCAAGAUUGAGGAGGUGCAGGUGAUUGGCGUGAAGGACCAGCGAAUGGGAGAAGAGAUCUGUGCCUGCGUCAGAGUGAAGGCUGGGCAGGAGUGCACGGCGGAGGAAAUUAAAGCCUUCUGCAAAGGGAAGAUCUCUCACUUCAAGAUCCCUCGGUACAUAGUGUUCAUGAAGCAAUAUCCACUCACUGUCUCAGGGAAGAUUCAGAAAUACAAGUUGAGAGAGCAGAUGGAGAAACAACUUCUGUUCUGAACACAAAGGUGGAGGAUCAAAGAGAAGCACGAAUGGAUCCACCUCGGCCAGUCUGGUGUCUCUCCAUCCACACCAAGCCAAGAACAGCAGCUGGGAACUGGAUCCCUGCCCCCACCACCCUGUUAUACUGCUGGCUACCUGAAGUCAGCCUGGUGAUGCUGUCAAUUAAAACAAAGAAAACCCUUUUUUUUCCA